AUGGACGACGACGACAAUGGUAAUGAGGAGGAGGAGGAGGAGGAAGAGCAGCUGGGCAAUGAAAAGGGAGACUUGCUGGGGGAGGGAACCAUUGAAGGCAUCUUGUCCAAGGGCCCUCCAAAAGCCAGAGAUAGCACUGACGGGAUCCGCCCGCCGGAGGAGGUGGGCGCGAGCGGCGGAAGGGAGCGGCGGCCGCGCUCCGGAGCGCACGUCCCGGCCGGCCACACGGCAUCGCAGCGGCGGCCGGGGAGCAGGUGGCCGUGGCCCGGCGGCGGGACGGGAGCCGGCUGCGCGGGCAUGCGGGGCGCGGCGCUGGCGCUGGCGCUGGCGGCGCUGCAGCUCGCCGGCUGGGAGCGGCUGGGGGCGAAGGUGGCAGGACAACCAGUGGCCGUCAACGGGUGUGCCAGAGAAUGCCUCAAAAAGCUGCAGAAUAUCUCAAAGGGCUUCUCGAGGACUGUGCAGCGCUACGAAAUGGCCACCUGCCGGGCAGAGAGAUUCGUUGUGUUCUUUACAAAGAAGAGCAAGGUUUUUUGUGGUGAUCCACAAGCCGAAACAGUGCAAGACCUCAUGAGACGCUUAGAUGCAAGAAGUGCUCCCCCAUCUUCAAAAGUGGACACCCCGGAGUCAGAAAAGCCCCCUGCGCCUCACAGAUUCACAGGGGAGCCUGCACCUACAAAAGCCCCAGCUGGGACCCUGAGCCGACCUCCUCAAACGUCUAGCACAGGGCAUCCCAACCCACCCGCCGUCAGUUCUGUCUCAGCUGGGUCAGAUCCUAGCAAUUCUCCUUCCAAGCCUGUUCCCAGCACAGAAGUGGCUGUCCCUCGCCCCACCCUUCGGCCGGAAAUGGUUCCAAAUGAGGCUGUGGGUCCCAGAACCACUGAAGAAGCAAAGACUUCUGGGAAAGGGCUCACCUCCACCAGGGAAGCCCUGGUGGGGUCUCCUAUCAGCCUACAGACUCUCAAAAUAGGUGGACUUUCUCUUGGGCGUCUCCUGGGGUCUCCUGCCCAAUCCACCAUCUACCCGUCCAGCUCUUCCUCCUCAAGCCGACCGAUUGCAAAUUACACGGAGGAGGGGAUGCAGCCAUUCACAACCUCUGCCAGGCUGCUGUCUUCCUCCGGCGGUCAGGAUUCGGCUCCACGCACCUGGCCUGCCCUGCCCAGCACCCCCUGCUCUGGUGGCACAAGCAAACCCGGCUCGGUCAGCUUGAAAGGGGGGAGCGGUUUAGCAAGCAAUCAAGUGGUCACUUUGCAGGAUGCUCCGGAAAGCGAGCGUUCUGCCGAGCCAGGCGGAAGCACCUUCCCCGACUUUGCAGCGACUUCACCCAUCUGGGGCUUUCGCUGGCAGGAAACAACUGAAGCAAGCUCAGAGCAGGGGGCCACAAAUGCCUCGGGGUUUGCUCUGGCUGGGUACCGGACUCACACCGUCAUCUUGGUGUUCUUGGCUGGGGCCGUGUGCGUCACCCUGGCUACUGUUGGCUGGGCCUGGGCCAAGAGGCAUGUGCUCUGGGGCCUAGAGUCUAAGGCAGGGGUCCAAGGAUUGCUGUACUCUCCCAUGGAUGAGAUGCUGUGACGAGGGUACCUCUGGUGAGGGAUUUAGCCAGCUCUGGGUCUGGUUGGAAGCAAAUCAGGCACUGUGUGUGUGUGUG